AUGUUGCGCCCCAUUCGGUUGAAUGCAGGCCUAGGAAAUCCUCCAGAAGCAUAUUAUAACAACAUGCCAGAAUCAGCAAAUAAAAUUAUUAAAAUGGGAGUAGACUUUCAAAAGAAUGAAAUGUCACAAUUUAACGACAAGAUGGAGAAAGUAAUUCAGCAGCAGCGACGGGACUGUGAAUCAGCCGUAAUAAACAGAGGUCCAUAUGCUCUCACAGACGACUACCUUCACUUACAAAUGUCUCCUGACAAGUGGUUUUCCCUGAAUGCUCGUCAGCGUGAAAGGCAUUUGAAAAAGUUCUGGGAAGAAGUACCUGGAAGAAAUGUUGAUGUGCAGGAUGACAGUGGUAAUGUAAACGAUGACAAGGAAGAGAACACUUCCCUUACCAGCCCUCCAGAGCUGUCUGUAAGACCAGAGGAGUCAGGUGCAGCUGGUGUAGCUCUUCUUUCCUAA